AUGAAGAUUAAUAUUGAGUGUGCGUCUCGUGAGAGGAUACUGUUCACUAAUAAUGGCCAUGCUUCCUACGAGUUAGGCUGGGUUUCCGUUCCAUUUCGUCACCCUUCUGCUUUCCAAACCUUAGCACUUGAACCUGAACUCAAGAAGCAGAUAAUGGAUGAUUUAACCGCGUUUUCUAAUGGCAAAGAGUUUUAUCACAGAGUUGGACGCGCUUGGAUACGUGGUUAUUUGCUUUAUGGGGUUCCAGGAUCCGGAAAAUCAAGUCUAACUGCUGCCAUGGUUAACUACCUUUGCUAUGACGUAUAUGAUCUUGAGCUCACUAAAGUUACAGACAAUUCAGAGCUGAGAGCAUUGCUCAUACAAACUACAAACCGUUCAAUAAUUGUAAUCGACGAUAUAGACUGCUCCGUUGAUCUAACGGCUGACAGAAUGUGGAAGAAAAGAUCACAUCCGUCAAGAAAGCACAAGGAGUCUGGAUGUAAGAAUGGAAGGGUUACACUUUCAGGGUUGUUGACUUUUACCGAUGGUCUAUGGUCAUGCUCUGGAGAAGAGAAAAUCAUAGUGUUCACCACAUAUCAUAGAGAGAAUGUGGAUCCAGCACUAGUUAGAUGUGGGCGAAUGGACGUGCAUGUAAGCCUUGGGACAUGCGGGAUGCAUGCCUUCAAGUUCCUAGCCAAGAACUAUCUUGUAGUGGAUUGUCAUGGAUUGUUUGAUGUAGUAGAGAGUAGCAUAAUGUCAGGUGGAGGCCUAACACCAGCUCAGAUUGGGGAGGUUUUAUUGAGAAACAGAGGUGAUGUUGACAUCGCAAUGAAGGAGGUAGUAGCGGCAAUGCGAAGGAUGAUUUUAGGAGGUGGAAGUCAGCGAGAGGUGAUAGAUUGUGAUGAUAUGACGGUAGUAAGAUCUCCGGAAAGUGUGUUGGUAACAGGAUCGCCGGAGAAUUGGGAUUCGUCGCCGGGAAAGAAUGGAGGAAAGAAGAGGUCAAACUCAAAGGUAUAUUUUUUUCUAAGGUUAAGAUCUUUGACCAAAUCCGAUUCUGGCAGAAGAGUUGUAUGA